AUGUUGGCCACGAUUCGGGUUCGAUUUGCGAAUGGCGUCUACGACAAUUGGUUCUGGGAGCUGCUUCGUUCUCUCGUCGGUGUUGCCUGGCGAAUGUUGCGGCUAUUGCUGCCAGGGAGCUGCGUAAGGUCUUUCGCGCCGGCGUGUUCCACCCUCAGCAAAGUCUUCGAGCAACAACAAGAAUGCGGCCAUGCAGAAAUUCACGGCUGGGUCGUUCGCUCGUCGAAGUUUUCCAAGAUGUCAUUCGUGCGAGUACAUGACGGGACUUCGACGCGGAACGUCCAAAUAGUCGUGCCGAAGAGCGUGUACAAGAACGUCCCAGUUGGUGCGGCGAUUGCGGUCAGCGGAAACUGGGCCAAGAGUCGCGGUGCCGAGCAAGACAUGGAAUUGCACGCCGAGCAGCUCAGGAUUUGUGCCACAGAUGAGAAUCCUGACUACGAGCAAAAAUCUGCGGAUGCGAUACGCCAAGCGGUGCAUUUGAGGGCCAGACAUCCGGGCUUCGCCGCCAUAAUGCGACUCCGCUCUAGACUGACAAUUUUGACGCAUGCGUUUUUCGAGGAAAACGACUACGUGCAUAUCGACACGCCGGUGCUGACGAGCAACGAUUGCGAGGGGGCUGGCGAAACGUUUACGGUGCACGCGGAAAAACCCGACUACUUUGGCGUCAACAAGAAGAUGUUUUUGUCGGUGUCAAGCCAAAUGCACCUGGAAGCGAUGACCAGUGGAAUUCCGCGGGUCUACACGAUCGGCAGCGCGUUCCGGGCCGACAUCCAGCCUCACAGCCGCACCCACCUCGCCGAAUUUCGGAUGCUAGAAGCCGAGGUGGCGUUUUGUGAAACCCUGACGGAGAUUUGUGAUGUUGUCGAGAAGUACAUGUUGUUCAUCCUCAAGGGGUUCGCCGCGCUGAAAGGUGACGUCGAAUUGGCACGGUCAUUUGCCAAGGAAGUAUCGGAGCCAAUGAAGCGGCUUCAGCCCGGGCUUGCUCGAUUUCCGCGGAUCACGUACGACGAGGCGCUGGCCAUUCUGGCGAAGCAUGAAGAGAACAUCGACGGCCGGGGACUCUCGAAAGCCAAUGAGAUGUUCUUGGCCGCCCAUUUCGGCUCGCCCGUCUUCGUCACCAACUUUCCGAUCGACCAGAAGCCACCGACUCGUUCGAUCUGCUCUGGCCGGGGAUUGGCGAGGUGGCCAGCGGCGGGGGUCAGGGAGCAAGACCCCGACGAGUUGAUGAAGCGGAACGCGCAGCCAGAGUUGGCUUGGUACGCCGAGCUACGCAGACGAGGCAAGCCGACGUCGGCCGGCUUCGGGAUCGGCUUCGACCGUCUUCUGCAAUGUCACCUCGGCGAACCCAGCAUCCGCGAUGUGAUCCCGUUUCCGCGUUGGUACUCCCCCCAGGGCCGCAUCAACGCCCAAUGU